CAGCACCAACGAUCCACUCCCUCCUCCUCUUCCUUCUCCACGCUCGCACGCUCCCCACUCCCCCCCGCCCUACCGUUCCGUUUUCCCCCCGCCUUUCCGCGCACCGCCCCUCUCCCCUUAAUGCUCUCACUCCCCAUCCUCCCCCUUCUCCCCGCCCUGGCGCUGCCCCCCCUGUUGCUAGAGUCACGCCACGUGGAGUGGGUGUCAAGCCUGGUUCCUCUGAAAGGUGGGGAUGAUGAAGGGGACGAAGGAGAUGAUGAGGAUGGGGGGAGAGUAACGGUGGUGCGAGUGGGGAGUGCUGGUGAAGUGACCAAGAGCCGAAGCCCUAAAACUCCCAGUAGAACACCCAGGAGUAGAACUCCUGGUAAGAGCCCGACAGGGGGCAGGCGAAGGAGCCCCAGGAGUUUCAAGGAAGAGCAGGGCAGGAGUCCCAAGGGCGAGGCCUCGUUAUUGGAGCACUCGUUAGUAGAUAAUUCGUUAGUAAGGGAUCAUACGGAUGACGAGAAAGAGCAGCAGAGGCGGCGCCGGCAGCGGCGGCUGCGGCAGCUGCGAUUGGGGAGGAGGUCGAGAGUGGGAGAGGAGGAGAUGGGUUGCGAGGAGGAGGGAGAUGAGGGGGUGGAGGGGGUGGAGGGGGAGAGGGGGAUGGGAAAAGGGGAGGGAGGUGAGAGAGGGAGAAGCGAGUGGAAGGGAGUAGGCAGGCUGGCAGGUGCAGCUGAGCUAUUGUUGAUGAGACAGUUGCAGGAGAGGGAAGAAAAUGGGGUAGGAGAUGGGGGAGGAGAUGGGGGAGGAGAUGGGGGAGGAGAUGGGGGAGGAGAGAGGCGAAGAGAGAAAGAUGGAGGGAGAGAGCACAGGAGGACGGAUAGUUCCCGAGGCAGGGCUUCUUUCAGGGAAAACGAGAGUGGGGAAGGGAGAGGGGAAGACGUAGGGCGUUUGGAGAGAGCGAGAGGGAAAGGGAGCAGGGAAGGAUGCGGGAACGGGGGCGAGCAGCAGCAGGAGACGGAGGGUACGGAACGUGAGAGUGCAGGUGGGAAGCUGCCACAGGAGAAGGACGAGGCAGAGUCCAGGAAAACACGGAAUGGGCAAGAAAAGGACAGUGGGGAACGGAAGGAGGGUGGGGAGCGCAAGGAGGGGAGAGGAAGGAAGGAGAUGGUUUCAAAGGUGGCCAGGCGAGACAGCGCCAUGGCGCGCAGCAAUGAGAAGGUGUAUGCCACCAUGCGCCGCUCCAAGGACCUCAAGUCCACCAGUGGUGGGGGCCCUUCGGACCUUGUCAAGCCCUCUGCUGCUGGACGCCUUGCAGCAGGCUUUGCGGGCUUUGAUGCGUCUAGGGUUCGCGGCGCAAUCACGCCGGGACGUUCUCGGGGGAAGGCUGGCGGGACUUCGUUUCGGGCAGCUGAGAAGAGUUUUCUGCCCGAUCUCGAGACGACAGUGAUGGAUUUGAAGCUGGAUUUGAAAGCAGCAGCAUGCGCAGACUCGUCUCGCUUUGAGGAGCUUCGGCAGAAACAGUCGGCUUCAGCUGCUGCUGCCGCUGCCAUCGCUGCUGCUGUCAGUGGUGCUGCUUCUGGCAGUGCUGCUGCUGCUGCUGCUGCUGCUGCUGCUGUCGAAACUCCAAGCAGGGGCAGCCAGGCGAAGAGCCCAUGGCGCAACUCUAAAGACCGAAGACGGAUGUGUUACAGCGACCUUGGGGGCCUGGCCUCUCUUGAUAGCACCGAGGGGCAAGGGCUGGGAGACCCGGGGCCGCCCCCAUUCCUCCAAUCCCCUGUUCCGCCACGCUACCAUUCCCUCACUCACCCACUGCUUCAUCGCCCUCUCCCUCUAACUCCUCCUGGAUCUCCCCCCUCCCCCUCACUCGCCCGCUAUCCCAUUCCCCCGCUUCCGCAGGCUCACCUUCGGACCAAGGCAGCAGUGGCAGCCCUGCGGCAGGAAGUGGCAACCAAGGCAGCAGUGGCAGCGCUGCGGCAGGAAGUGGCAGUGAUGCAGUUGCUGAAGGGGCACCCACACGUGGUGGAGAUCAAAGAGACCAUGGAAGAUGACACGCACGGGCACAUCAGCAUGCAUCUCUGCCAGGGGGGCGACUUCCCAUCCCUCAAAACCCCCUCUCACACCCCCUCUCCCAUCGCAUGUCGCCCCCACCCUCCCACACCCUCUCCCCCCUGCACGUGCUUAUCAGCAUGCAGCUCUGCCAGGGAGGGGGGUUCUCAUCAUGCACCCAUUCGCUUGCACCCUCCCAUGCAGACCCCCCGAUGCAUUUCCCCCGCCCCUUCCUUCCCUUUCCCCCAACCCUCCUCCCCCCACAUAACCAUGCAGCUCUGCCAGGGGGGGGACCUCUUCGAUCGCAUCAUCACCCACGGUGCUCCUCCCCUCCCCUUUCUUCGCCCCGUCUCCCACCCCUCCCCUGCCGCCCCCCCUCUUCUCCCCCACCAGCACGUGCACAUCAUCAUGCAGUUGUGCCAGGGCGGGGACCUCUUUGAUCGCAUCAAGCAGCGCAGCCGCUACGAGGAGAGGCCUGCAGCGGCCGUGCUGCAGCAGCUGGCGCUGGUGCUGCGCGCGUGCCACUCCCUGGGGGUCAUGCACCGCGAUGUGAAGCCUGAGAACCUCUUGCUCUGCUCGCCCACCGAUGACGUUGCUGUGAAAGUCACGGAUUUCGGGAUUGCUGCUACGAUCAAGUCAGGUCCCAAACUAACAGGGUUCAGAGGAUCCCACAUCUACAUGGCACCAGAAACGUUGGCUUAUUCCUGUGCUCUUUCCCUUCCUGUUCCCGCUCUCUCCUUCCCUCUGCCCCUCUUCCCGCCCCCCUCCAGGCACCAAGCUCACAGAGUUCAUAGGAUCAUACCAUAUCCUCACUUUCUCAUGCCCUUGCCAUCCUUCCCUCUGCAACAUUUCCAACACUCACGCCCUUUUGCCCUCUCUCCCUCUCCCUCCCUCCCUCCCUCCCUCCCUCCCUCCCUCCCUCCCUCCCUCCCUCCCUCCCUCCCUCCCUCCCUCCCUCCCUCCCUCUCGCCCUCCCUCCUUCCCUCCAUCCCUCCCUCCCUCCCUCCCUCCCUCCCUCCCUCCCUCCCUCCCUCCCUCCCUCCCUCCCUCCCUCCCUCCCUCCCUCCCUCCCUCCCUCCCUCCCUCCCUCUCUCCCUCCCUCCCUCCCUCCCUCCCUCCCUCCCUCCAUCCCCCCUCCCUUCCCCCUCCGUUUCUUCCCUGCCUCUCCUCCCCCACACACCCUCCCUCCCUCCAUCCCCCCUCCCUUCCCCCUCCGUUUCUUCCCUGCCUCUCCUCCCCCACACACCUCAAUCCCUCUCUCUCCGUACAUAUGCCCCAUGCACCCCCAUGUCAGAGCAUCCCUGGAUCAAGACCCAUACUGCACUCCUGUGA